AUGACAGCGCCGCCUCCACGGGAUCUUUUGUCUGCGGCGAUGGACCCGCUGCCGCCCCAGUGCGUGGGUGUCUUCAUCACUGCGCAUUGUGGCUACGAUUUACAAUCCUGCGUGCACAUGGCCAUAGACGGUCUGUCAUCUGUCCACGGCAUCACUGCUGCAGAUGGAGAUGUCGAGUUCAUCCGACGGAGCACGAUCCGAGUCAGGAUCUGCUCGAGCGCCAGAAGAGGCUCUACAAUGAGAUCGCCGCACUUCCUGAGGAGCACCCACUGCGCAGGCUCACGCGCAAAGCAAAGUCGAACCUGCCUCGAAUCUGGGACGAGAACCGUUCACGCGGGAGGCCUAAGCAGCAAUGGGCUCCCUGCGUCUACGCAGCACUGCCUUGAGGAAGGCGUGAGCGGCAUGGGGUGCCAGCUUCCCUCUGUGCCGAUGCGCCGUUCAGGCGCCAGGCUUCUUGCUUGCCUGCACCCUCGUGUCCGCCUCCUGCUGUCGCCCUGUCCGGCAGUGGAAACGGGUUCGAGCGCGUGCUGCGAGCCUCGUGGAGUGGAGUCCUUUCCGGCGCCAGGUCCGCUUGAUUUUUGA